GGGAAAUGCUCUCCAGCUUACAUGUAGCUUGUAGCAUGUAGCUGAACAAAAGUAGAGUCCAUUCGCCUACAGAGCCGAGGGGACUGAGAGAAAACAAAACUGGAGCGAGAGCUUCACAAAAGUUAGCUGACUGAAUGCAGAGCCUAACGGGACUGACCCAGGUUAUCGACAACUGAGAAUGCAGGGAGUUAAACUGCCAGUUACUGUAAAAUGCGAAAUCAAUGUGUUGCUGAUUGCGGUGACAGUACUGGGGCUUCUGACCAGACUGUACGGAAUUCACAUCCCAGCAUCUGUCGUUUUUGAUGAAGUUUACUAUGGGCAGUUUGUGUCUCUAUACAUGAAGCGGGUGUUUUUCAUUGAUGAAAGUGGACCACCUUUGGGUCACAUGAUUCUAGCAUUAGGAGGCUACCUAGGAGACUUUGAUGGCAACUUUGUCUGGAACAGAAUUGGAGCUGAAUACACCAGUAAUGUUCCUGUGUGGACCCUCAGAUUGAUACCUGCCUUGUGUGGGUCACUUUGUGUGCCCCUUGGCUAUCUUCUUGUGGUGGAGCUGGGAUAUUCUCAUUUCACUGCACUUGGAGCGUCCUUGCUUCUCCUUAUGGAGAACUCAUUGAUUGUGCAGUCUCGCUUUAUGCUGCUGGAUUCAGUGCUUAUAUUUUUCCUGCUGCUUGCUGUUGUGUCCUACUUGCGGUUCCACAAAGCCCCAAAGAGUUCAUUAUGGAAAUGGUUGUGGCUCUUCCUCUCUGGGACUAGUUGUGCAUUUGCAGUGGGAGUGAAGUACAUGGGUCUCUUCACCUACUUGCUGUUACUUGGUUUGGCUGCAGUUCACACUUGGCAUGUCAUUGGAGAUAAAACUUUAUGCAAUGGUAAAGUGUUGGUGCAGGUUGUGGUUCGGUUCUUGGUGCUUGUGGUGAUGCCAGCCCUUCUGUACUUGGGAUUUUUCUAUGUACAUCUGAUACUACUGUACCGUAGUGGCCCACAUGACCAGAUGAUGAGCAGUGCUUUUCAAGCCAGUCUAGAGGGCGGCCUGUCCAGGAUCACUCAGGGUCAGCCACUAGAGGUGGCAUUUGGUUCCCAGGUGACUCUCCGCAGUGCAUCCAGCAAACCCCUUCCAUGCUGGCUUCAUUCCCACAAGGCCAACUAUCCAAUCAGAUAUGAAAAUGGCCGUGGCAGCUCCCAUCAGCAGCAAGUGACCUGCUACCCUUUCAAAGAUGUCAAUAACUGGUGGAUUAUUAAAGACCCCAGCAGGCAAAGUCUUGUUGUGAGCAGCCCUCCAAGACCUGUCAGACACGGUGAUAUUAUUCAGCUGCUACACGGAAUGACAUCACGAUUCCUAAAUACACAUGAUGUUGCAGCUCCCAUGAGCCCGCACUCUCAAGAAGUGACUGGUUAUAUUGACUUUAACGUGUCCAUGCCAGCUCAGAAUCUGUGGAGAGUGGACAUAACAAACCGGGAGUCUGACAGAGAUGUGUGGAAGACUAUUCUAUCAGAAGUGCAGCUGAUUCAUGUCAACACUUCUGCUGUGCUGAAGCUAAGUGGAGCCUCUCUUCCAGACUGGGGCUUCCGGCAGCUGGAGGUAGUGGGCGAUAAGAUCUAUAAAGGCUACCAGCAGAGUGGGGUGUGGAACGUGGAGGAGCAUCGUUAUGGCAAGAGUCAUGAGCAGAAGGAGAGAGAACUGGAGCUUAAGUCCCCCACUCAUGAUGACAUAAGCAGAAAUCUCACUUUUAUGGCCAAGUUCAUAGAGCUGCAGUGGAAGAUGCUCACAGUCAGAAAUGAAGAGUCAGAGCACAAGUAUAGCUCCUUACCUCUGGAAUGGAUCACCAUGGACACCAAUAUAGCAUACUGGCUUCAUCCAUCAAAUAAUGCACAAAUCCACUUGAUAGGGAACUCUGUCACCUGGACCCUGGCAAACCUUGCACUGUUUAUAUACGUGCUCCUGUUUUUAACGUACCUGCUACGUCGACGGCGGAAAAUAGAGGACAUUCCUGAAGCCUGUUGGGAACAGUUGGUUCUGGCUGGUGUUGUGUGCUCUGGAGGAUGGGUUGUUAACUACUUGCCCUUCUUUCUGAUGGAGAAGACACUGUUCUUAUACCACUACCUUCCAGCUCUCACUUUCCAGAUCCUGCAGAUACCUGUUGUUGUGGAGCACCUAUACACUCAUGUAUUGAGGUCUCCUUCUCAGCACAAGGCAUUUGGUGGAGUUAUUCUGGCAGCAUUGUGUUCGGUGUACUUUUGCUACCGCAUCUUCAGCCCCCUCACAUAUGGCCAGCCUGAGUUGACCUCAGAGGAGCUGGCUGCACUGCGCUGGAGAGAUAGCUGGGACAUUCUUUUUCGGAAACGGUGAUUGCUAAUUCUGCUCCCUGAAAUUCUUGCAUAACACAACACCGAGUUGGUACAGAAUGGAAAAUAUGUAGCACAGGUUUGCAGGAAAGCAGCAUCCUUGGUUAAACACAUGAUAUGACAUUGAGUGUACAUGUUGUUUUUAUAAUAACAUUAAGGUGCUUUCUGAGGCUGGAGCCACCUUUCAGAAUUUAGGUUGAAAGGUUUGACAUGAAUGUGAAAAAAGGCCUCAUCCAUAAGAACUACUAAAUCUGGAAAAUUUUCAUUCCUACUAAGUAUUAAAUAUUCUAUAUAUUAUCAUAAAGUUAAUUAGCUAGUUACCACAUUUCUUACUGUGAAUUAAUUGUGUAACAUUGAGAGUGGUACAAUUUUACUGUUUGUUUUUAGGGACUUUGAGAACAACUUUUGCUGCAGUACUCCGUUUUCAUGAAUCCUUGCACAACACUAAAAGAUGAUACUUGAAAAUAAGAAAUAAAUUAGUUAUUUUUUA